AUGUCGAAUAUUCUUCUAUACUUAAUUCGUAAAUACCCUGGCUUAGCUACUGCUAAAGAUGAUGAUGGGCGUAAUAUACUGGAUGCAUUGGCUUUAAGGCCUUGGGACUUUCAGAGUGGAAGUAAUCUUGGAUUUUGGAAAAAAUGGAUCUACAAUUUUGUUCCUGUGAAAUUCAAACUAACAACACCAAGGUCAGAAAGAGUUGGCGUGUACCAUUUCCCUGUAUCUUCAACAACCUAUCGAGUGGUAGGAUGGCCUGAAAAAUUACUUUGGAAUUGCAUCGGACUAUUGGCACCUGGUAUCAAAGAAGUUCAUGAUGCAAAGUUAACACAUAAAUUUGCCCUCGAGUUGGUCAAAAGUGUGGUUGUAGCUUUUUCACCUUUGAGUGAUUCACAGAUCUACGAAUUUUUCUUGCAGUCAGACAUAAUAACCAAAGCAGCGAGUUCUGGCAUCGUUGAAAUUGUAAAGAUAUGUCUUCAAAUGGUCCCAGAUAUAUUUUGGCUUUCAACUGAUCAACAAACCUUGUUGAAAGUUGCUGUUCAAUACCGGCAAGAAAAGAUUUUGACUCUUGUGCAUAAUACGGUUGUAUACAAUAAGUUCACAUCUCCCAAACCAAUUGAUGAAUUUAAAAACAGCAUCUUGCAUCUGGCAGCUCGGUUGGCACCACCCCAUUAUCUCAGAGUUGUGUCUGGUGCAGCUCUUCAAAUGCAAAGGGAGGUUCAGUGGUUUAAGGAGGUGGAGAAAUUAGUGCACCCUUUUCUUAAGGAAAUGCCAAACUCUGAUGGAAAAACAGCUCAGGUUGUAUUCACAGAGCAGCACAAAGCAAUGGAUGAAAAAUACAUCAAAUUCUUGCAUGGUUGUCACCGCGCUCAUUGCUACACACGUUAUGCAGAAGAAGAUUUUCUAGAGUCGCUGCCUAAAAGAUUGAUAACUGGUCUUGCUUCUCUCUUCUUGGCUAUAGCAAACAUGAUGAUAGCUUUUGCUGCAGCUUUUGCAGUUGCAUUACGCGAGACAUCAAUAUGGGUUGCAAUUGCAGUUCCCUUCGUGGCUUCUCUACCGGAUGUACUAAAAAUACAGAGUUUGACAUUGUUUAACAAUUGA